ACCACUCUCUCUCUCUCUUCAUUUCCUCACACUUUCUCUCUCUAUCUAAAACUCAUCCCAUCAAAUGGAAACUUAUUCACCCACACCUCUAGACUCCAAACCCACCUCCCACCCCCACCCUUCACCACCCCCUACCCCCAUCCCCCGACCCGACCCGACCCACCCAUACCCAACCACCUUCGUUCAAGCCGACACAACAUCCUUCAAAAACAUCGUCCAAAUGCUAACCGGAUCCUCCGAAACCGCCAAACACGCCGCCGCCGCCCGACCCGACGCCCCGACCCGAAAUCCCAUUCCUCCAAUCAAAACGGGUCAAAACAAAAAACCCUCUAAAUUAUACGAACGGAGAAACAGUAUGAAGAAUUUCAAGAUCAGCCCAUUAGUACCCGGGUUUGCAAACGGGUCCGGGUUCUCCGAUUCUCCCCGGAGACCCGGCACGCCGGAGAUUCUCUCGCCGGGAAUUCUGAAUUUUCCGGCGUUGGUUAUUAGUCCGGUGACGCCACUUAUUCCGGAUCUUUUUAACCGGUCUCCGGUGACCGGAGAUAGUUCAAAUUUGAACGUUGAAGCGGAAGAUAAAGCGAUUGCGAAAAAGGGGUUUUAUUUGCAUCCGUCGCCGGCGAGUACUCCUGGAAGAGAUUCGGAGCCCCGACUUUUGCCGUUGUUUCCGGUGACAUCACCUAGGGUUUCAGGUUCUUCUUGAGUAAUGAGGUUUUUUUUUUCAUUUAAUUUGUGAUGUAACAGUUUUAUUUUAGUUGAAUUUUGUUGGUCAAAGUUGGUCAAAAUUGUAUGAAGGGGUAAGAUUGUAAGAUGAUAGACCAAAGGUAGAAAUUGACCAACCAUGAAGAAGUACAAGUUCAAUGCACCAUGUACAAGUUAUUAUUGAUAUUAUUGUAGUGUUGUUCUCAACUGUCAAGACAAAUGACAUUGCACCCUUUUAAAGAUAUUUUAGCUCUCUUCAUUGUA